GCGGCGGAACUGACCAACGUAACACGACGCUUCAGACCCUCUCAAUCGAGCCUGAGCGCUUGUGUCGAUGUGGUCCGCUUCUGUCCCGUCCAUUAGCUGAAGCAGCCGGACCAAAACUUCGAGCUCCAAAAUGUUUUUGUCCUCCGUGGUUCGGUCUGCUGUUUCGCAGACGGUAAGGGCGCGUUGUUACCUUUAAUUGUGGGUUAUGUUUUCGUAGUUUAAUUCGAUUAUUUGGCGAUAGGAUGCCGUGACUCUUUACAAGGACAAGCAGGCCGCUGAGCUUACAGAGCUAGCUGUGUUAGCUUCCUGCUGUCAGAUGUGCAAGGUGAUCUCAGGACAAAAUCACCAAUGCAAAGAGAAAUAUAGUCUGGACAUGCUUUAAAAGGCAUUAGUUUAACUAUGUAACGUUUAAAAUGUCACUUCAAAUGUAGAUAGUUUGGUUGAAAGUGUGAGUUUAUUCGCUUUGUGUAGUUUUGUUUGUGCGCUGAUAUUGUAUGGCACAACAUGGUGUCAGUCUGACAUAAGGGAGUCCUGAAAGACAGUGAUGUAAGCUGUUUUAUUUUGGCUUUUUAGCUGUAAGGGCAAGAAUUUUUCAUUGACUUUAAUCUGCAAAUACUGUGAACUUUAAAUAUAACACGCAUGCGCAGGGUUGCAUUGGAAAAAAAACAACACUACAUCCGAUAAUUAUCGGAUAAUACAAAAGUUGUGUACAUUAUGAAACAACAGACUGACUACUUGGAUACUUUAAGGACGCUGGGCCAAUUUUUAAUAGAUAUUUUCUUGCAUUUGUAACUUUUAAAGCUUUGUUUUAAAGGUAGAACCUGCAAGUAAUACGCUUCCACUUCCAUAGGGCUGUAUUUUCUUUUAUACUUGUCCUAAAUUUCUUCCAUAUAUCGUCCGAAAUGUGAUGUUUUUUCACAAUUAACUUUGUCAGAUGUCAAGAUUUUUACCCAUAAAAUCUCUACACACUCAUAUUUGGGCUCGUUGUAGGUGAAAGUGCCCUCUGUUUUGAUGGUUAUAAGUGUGUCACAAUUACGGUCAUGGCCUGACUAAUCUGUAAAAAUAUGAUGUACGAUUGCAUUGCUCAAUAUUAUGUAAGUGAUAUAAAAUGUUUUACAUGAACACAAAUUUAAUGUACAUAUCAACUCUGUCACACAGUUUGCUAUGCUUUUAGGUUUUACAUAGCACCUUUAUUUUAUUUAAUAUCUUUCUAGAAUCCAAGAUGAUCUUAAUUGCUCCAGUUUAAUCAGGAGGCGGCUGAUAUCUAUCUUCAGCUUCGUCAAAUAGUGCAAAUAUCUUUCUGCCAUUACACUCUGGUUUCCUCUGGUUCCUUUUUUAACCUCUAGUAUGUAUUGUUAUCAAUUUAAAGGUGGAACUGGGAGUAAAUGAACACCAAAGUGACACAAAUUUCUUCACUUGAUUUACUUGGCAAAUCUGGACUAAAUCUUGAGAAAAAUUAUCAGAUUUUUUUUUUUUUGCCAAAUUCAGCUCAGUUAUGUAAAACAAAAGACUGUAAACAGAGGACUUCUACUCUGCUGUGUUUGUCUCUAAAAAUGACAAGGUCAACAUGUUUUACUUUUAUAUCUUACCUCUCUCAGUGCAUGUGGAUAUACGGCUAAUGCAAACCGACAUAUCAUCCAUCUCCUCUCUCUCUGUUUACAGGCCAGGCAGGUCAGGAGUCUACAUCGGUCUGCUGCGCGUGCAGGAGCUGGAGGCAUCUUUGUGGUAAGUUACAGUUUCUUCAGGGGUUUACAGAUGUGCAAGAGAAGAUGGAUACAUAUGUAAGCCUUAAAUGAUCUAUAUGAUGGCUCUCAAGCCAGGCACAGUCAACCAGCAUAUUUAGAAAUAAUGAUGGAAAACAGUAAGAAGUGAUGGUCAGUCAGUGAGUAUGACUCAGCAAAAAUCCAGUAUGAUGAGUCACAUUCAGGAGACACUCAGUAUGUGAUUAUAAUAUUAAUUGUAUUAGUGGUUUCUAUUUCUGUUUUGAGGAUUCAUUGAAAGAUAUUAAAUCAGUGAUUUCUUUUACACAUUUUUAUGCUGAAAUUUUUAUGAGCUUCUACAGAAACCAGCAUUAUAGAAGCAUUAUUAUAAAAACUUUUACAAUCAUUUUGAGAAUAAAUUAUUCAGUUUAAUACAUCUGAAAAGCACUCUUUGUUCAUGUAAUGUACAGGUAAUUAUUCUAUGGGACAAGUCUAUUAAUGACAAGAACUGAAGAAACAAACCAGUCCUCACCCUUCAAAUCAUUUUAGUGUUUUAAUCUUUGCUGACUUGUAAAUUAGUUUUUAAAAAAUUAAAUAGCCAUUUAAAACAUGUGUUAAAUGUUCUUUCUGCACAUCUUAGCAACAUGUUUAUUCUUUCAUAUAUGCUGGAAUAAUCCCAGAGGUAACAGUUUCCAAAAGUAUCUCAUUUAUCCCGUGGGCUGCCUCCAAAAGCCUAUUAGAGGUUUGCUUUGCAACAAAAGCACCACAGGUGAUUUUCUUGUGCAUUGGAAACAUGUCAUGGUUUCAGUGUCUCCUGAUAGUUGAGAUGUAUUCGGUCUAUAAUUGGAUCUGUCUUUGAACAUCUCCUCUUUCAUUAGGACCGAUGUUGUUUCUGACAUCUCUACCUUCAAAGAGCAGCAGUGUUGUUCUGUUUCUUAAUUGCACAAAGGAUGUUUGCUGCUCACAAGGGGGCAGUGUAUACAGAAUAAGACAAACUGUAAAUGUUGUUUGUUGUUGUUGAAUUUUUUUCUGUGGUUUAGUAGCAGCACCUGUUUCCUCUUCUUGGCUUACACUGAAACUUGUUUUGUAAUUUAUCUCUAGAAGAUAUCUUUAAGACACUGAUGAGGAGCCUGCUUCUCAAAUACAGAGAGAAAUCAAUCAUCUGUAGCAACUUUUGAAUACAUUUUUGACAGGAUUUAAUAAGUGCUGUUUGAUAAGUAGCAUUUUAACAUGAUUAUAGGUGAACUAAUGUUAGCUUUGAUUUUCUCUUCUUUAGCACAGAGACACUCCUGACAACAACCCUGAUACUCCUUUUGAGUUCACGGAGGAGAACAAAAAGGUAAAAUGUCAUCCGUGACGAUCAAAAACAUGACAGGCAUGUUAUUGUGUUUAAAUAUUUGGAGCCAAGACUGUCAUUCAAAUGUAAAAGAGCAUACGGUCAGCGGAUAUAGCCUCAUUUUUUACAUUUUAGUGUCUGGUAAUCCUGUUAUCAACUGUACUGUUGGUCUUGUGUUCAUUAUGGCAGGCCUGUUUAUUGCCUUAAUUUUCAACUAAAAGGAAAGCAAAGAAUAAAACUAUUUCAUUUUUUAAAUCAAAUGUAAAUAUCUAUGAAGCUGUUGGUUUUUUAAAAGGCACAGUCUGAAAGCUCAAGUCAGUUUGAUUUGACCAAUUCUGAAGGAUGCAUGCAAUUACUCCAAACACCACAUCACACUUACAGUGAAAUGCCUUUUUGCAUCCUCUAGAGGAUUGAAGCCAUUAUUUCAAUGUACCCGAUUGGACACAAGCAAGCAGCCACCAUCCCAGUGCUGGAUGUAGCCCAGAGGCAACAUGGAUGGCUCCCCAUCUCUGCCAUGAAUAAGGUACAGUCAUUUUCAGGAAUCUGUUAAACAGAUGUCUGGAGUGGAAAAGGUUUUUCUUGUCCUCAUUUUCUAGUGUAUAACAGCAUAAAAUCAGUGUCACAUCAGAGGAACUGUAUUGAAUGUUUGUGUCUGUUUUUUAUGCAGGUUGCAGAGGUGCUGGAAGUCGCUCCAAUGAGAGUGUAUGAAGUAGCAACAUUUUACACAAUGUUCUUGCGUCAGCCCGUGGGAAAAUACUUCAUUCAAAUCUGUACAACAACACCCUGCAUGCUCUGCAACUCAGACAGCAUCCUGGAGGCCAUCCAAAACAAACUGGGUAAGAGCCAUUUUAAUUUAGCAGCAGGAACCCCAAUGAAGAGAUGAAAACACAGAUGAAAACAGUCUUACUUUUAUUGUGUAUAGUUGGGAUCAACACAAAUCAGACAACAAACAUGAAAAUAAACACUUGUCUUCACAAUCAAACAACAGGGAUCUGUAGCAGUAAACAAGAGGACAUUCAUGAUUCAGAUGAAGCUUGAUGACGGCUAAUCCACUUCAGCCUGUGUGGCAUCUCAUAACACACAGUCAGCUUUAUUUGUCCUUUUAAUCAGCCACACAGUGAGGUUAUUCAUUUUCCUCUAACUUGCUUAUACUUUUACAGCUGUGUAAUGUCAUGUGGAACUGCCAGCGCUGAGAAAUGUUUGUGGUUUAGUAACAUAAUCUGCUGCAAGUCAGAGGAGAUUAGCAGAAUGUAACGCAGCUCUACAUUUGUUUUCUCUGCAGGUAUCAAGGUUGGAGAGACGACCGCAGACAAGAUGUUCACGCUAAUAGAGGUGGAGUGCCUGGGUGCCUGCGUGAAUGCUCCAAUGGUCCAGAUUAAUGACAACUAUUAUGUAAGUGUUGCUUUUUUUUGUAAAACAGUGUCUUUAUCAAGUUUAAAACACAUUCAGCUUCGUAGUUCUCAUACAGAAACAUCCAUUCUCUUCAAGUUUUUCCUGCAUCAUGAUUACAUCAAACAGAUAACUUAAUGAUACUUUCAAUACAGGAAUGCUUCACUUCUCUGUGCAUUUAUCUGAUUUAGCAAAACUAGGUCAAGCCUUGAGGGGUGCAGUGUGCAUUGUCCAAGAUAUCAUCUUGAUUGUUGUCUCAACAGAGUGCAAAAUAAUAAUAUCAGGUGUUUCACUCAUUUUGCAAAACCAAUCAAAUCAGGCCAUGAAGGUCUGUGCACAUAAACUGAAUAUGAUUCAAUCUGGUAGGACAGACUACUGCACAUGCACACUGAGAACACAUGCAGUGAUCACAUGCUCACAAUGAGCCAAGCUAGCGUAGCUGCCUGCAUGGCUGAAGUUUAAGAUGAGGAAACAAGCAGCAUUAGAAUCAUUAGAGUUUACUUCAUGAGGUUUAAUCGAUGUUGCUAAGAAGGCACUGAUCUACAGACUGGUAGAAAGAGGUUACAGUAAGAACAGCUGGACGAUUAACAUGUUUAACCAUCGACAAACUAAUCCCUGCAAACAAAAAUGAAGAAUUUAAAAUGCUGAGGGACCGACAGAGCAAAAACACACAGCAAGCUUUGGCACAGUCGAUUGGAAAUUAGAGCUUUACACUAAGAGAUGGCAAGAAAUGACCCAGCUUUGAGUGAAUAUCUUAGACCUGUUGAUCUGGAAGAAGUUGUUUUUUGUCAUCAUCGCACCCCUUGGUUGAGUUCUGCGGUGGAAGUCUGCAGAGACUACAACUGCCAUCCCUAUUUUAAGCUUGCUACCUUUAUUUUUUGUUUCGAUGCCAUGGCAGGUGUGCUGCUCUACAUGAACAACUCAAAUCAAAUAAUUAGAAAAUGGACGGAAGGAAAUAAAGUUGAAUUAACGUCUUAUUUAUGACCUUGUUUAGAGGAAAAAAAACAGAUGUUCGAUCAAAAUCUUGCAUUUAAUGUUCAGGAUUAAACCUAAUCUGGAACAAACUUUGCACACAUUCGGUCAUUUCAGUCUUUGUGCAAGUGAAUGACCCAGUUAACAUAAACAUGAUUAAGAAAAGAGGAAUUUUCUAUAAUGCCUGAAUUUGCCGAGAUGUGAUCUUGAAGAUAUAAAAGGAACACAGUGUUAGUUUUAAGAAUGAGGUUCCUUUGAGUUAAGGAUUUUACAUGAUUAAACAGCUCUUAGCAGUACAUACCGUCUACUACUGUGGUACUACUGUUGGUAAGCUCUUUACACAACAUUAUUUCAGGCUUUUUACACCUGGAAAUUCAUACUGUUGUUAUGAAAAAGUAGAUUUGAACUGACUGUGUCUUUCAAAGCACGUUGUUUUCAUCCAGCAGUAUUACAGUUUAUUCUCUAACUAAAAAGAGCUGCGUGCUGACUACUACUAAAUCAGGUUAGGUUUGGAAAGAAGAAUAUAACAGGGCAGAAAUAUACUGCAUAUCUUCUACCUGUGACAACACGAGUAUUUAGAAAUUCAAAACAGAUAUUAUUCAACCAGCCUGAUCCACUCUGAAGGCAAUGUGUGAUACCUGCUUUUGGAAAAUUGCUGUUUUUACAUAACUGGCUGUUUUAAUCACAAGUUUCUUUCACAUGCUGUAUCACAAGUGAUGCAUCCAACACCUUCCUUUAAGACGGAAACAAACUGAGAUGAGAUGGUGCUCAUAUUAAAGAUUGCAAACAACUGUUCAUCCCUCACCAUUACACUAUGUCACUCUUCAAGUCUUCUAUUAAUUUUCCAGGAGGACCUCACACCCAAGGACAUGGAGGACAUUAUUGAUGAACUCAAAGCAGGCAGAGUCCCACCACCUGGACCCAGGUACAGAACUGAAAACACCUACGUGAAUAACAUACUGGUUUUUCUUGGUCGUUCACUGAUUGAAUGUUAAUACGGGUUCUAUUUCCUCUUUCCACAGGAAUGGGCGUUUCUCAUGUGAGCCUGCAGGUGGAUUAACGUCCCUGACAGAGCCCCCUCCAGGACCAGGCUUUGGUGUUAGAGCGGACCUGUAGACAUUUUGUCGAAUGUCCCUAGAGCUUAUAUUGUGUUAAGUUCAAUCAUAUUGUGUAAAUAAACUGUUCAUGUACCUAAACUCUUUGUGUCAGCGGGAUUUUAAAAAGGGGGGGAAACAACUAAAAACAGGUUUAAAUGUUCAAUUCGUGUAAUUAUAAUUCAGCCUGUGAAGGCGACUACAGCAGUCAGCACACUUAACAACAACACUAUAAAUACACGAGUUUGGUUAUUGACAGCUAUAUUGUAUUCUCACAGUUAUUGUUUUCCUCGUUUCCCAGUUUUAUUUUCAGUCAAAUGAGGUCUUUUAAGAUUAAGACUAGUGGUGCAACGGAUCAUCAUUGAUCCGUGAUCCGUUCGGAUCGACGUAUUCGGUUCGGCACACAUGUGAUCCGCGGAUCGAUUUCUGAAAGCGGAGAAAGGAGGAGCUCGAACGCCCCGCGACACUUAAAUCCCCUGUAUGGGAGCAUUUUGGCUUCCCUGUCAAUUAUGAU